CUGUAACUGAGACUGUUUGAGAGUCAGCGAUCAAUGACUGGGUGAAUGAGGUGUGGUUAAAGUAGGUGGCUAGAGAAGUAGAGUGGUGCUGGCUGUAAUAUAGAAUUUGGUCUUACGAUCCGUUAAGACAGACGAUAGAGAGUUAAAAUGACUACAAAGUUGUUUGGAAAAGAUCUAAAGGAUUAUGAUGACCUAGAUAUAGAUGAUCUUUUGGCUAAGCUUACCCCUGAAGAACUAGAGCAACUGAGCAAUGAAGUUGAUCCUGAUGAUUCUUUACUACCUCCUAGCCAGCGUUGCAAAGACCAAACAACUAAAGCUCCUACAGGGCCGUUAAAUAGAAAGAAACUGCUAGAAUAUUUAGAAACACGUGCCAAAGAACAGGAGGAUUGGCCAGAACAUAAACCUUACGAAGCUGGUGUAAAACGAGGUAAGGUAUGGAUUCCAAAGGAGAGGCCUAGAUCCCAAGAGGAGGAUGAAAUUGAAGUUGAACUUGACCUUGAUCUUGACUAUGAACAAGCUCUUGCAGGGGCAUCAGAAGCUGAACUAGUUGACUUGGCUGCAAUUUUGGGCCUCCACAGCAUGAUGAAUCAAGAUCAGUACCAUGCUUCUGUUUUGAACAAAGGCCAGAAGAUAGGUGAUAAGUUUGAAAGUCUUGUACAUGCUACUCAACCAAAGUGUUUAGGGCUUGAACCAGAUAAUGACACUAAUGUAGACAAAACUUUGGAUCAAGUUGUAAAGAAUGACUCAUCACUCAAAAAACUUAACUGGAACAACAUUAAGAAUGUUUCAAAAGAAAAAUUCAAGCGACUAUUUGAAGGACUGAAAACCAAUACAAAUUUAGAAGAAUUAAGUUUGGCUAACACAGAUCUUACAGACGGUCCUGUAGAGAUUCUAAUUCAAGCCCUUGAAGAGAACAAGACCUUGAAAUCUCUCAAUGUUGAGUCCAACUAUCUGACACCACGAACAAUUUGUGAUCUAGUCAAGGCUCUCUUACCCACUCAAAGCAUUCUGGAGCUGAGAACCGCCAAUCAGAGCACACAGGUUCUUGGCACUAAGAUUGAAAUGGAAAUAUCAAAAUUGGUCGAACAAAAUGACUCUUUAUUAAGGCUUGGAAUAUUCUUUGGGACUGCUGAUGCUCGAAUUCAUGUCACAGCUAAGCUGCAAAAAAACCAUGAUGCCAUUCGAAUAAAGCGAGUUGGAGCUUAGUGAAGAAGUUUUCUGCUUUGAUACUUAGAAGAAUUGAUAGCAAGAUAUAACACCAUAUUAAUCCAAAAUAUUUACAUCACUGAUUGUAACUGCUGUAUCUGUGGGUUUCAUUUGACCAAAUAAUGUGAUAGGUAUCCCAAAUUCUUUACAUUCUUAAGUCUUCUUUUGGUUUUUAUAAUCUUUAUUAGAUUUAAAUUAACAACGUUUUUAUAUUUUUCCACAUCUUGUUACAGUUCCAUGAUACAUCUCUUGUAUGUUAGAAAUAUAGCUAGUGAUACACUCCAUGAUGACAAAAACUAAGACAAAGUUUUCAUCACCUACUGUAUUUUAUCUCUUUUUUUUUAAUUAUAUUUUUCACUAUGCAAAUAUUGCUUUUAGAUUUUAAUUUAUAUAAAAAAUAUUUAAUUUAAUAAAACUCCUCUUUUAAAGUAAAUAUCUAUGUUUAGUUAAAAGCCACUAUCAGCAAUUAAUAAAGCCAAGGCAGUUUUAAAAAGUAGUUUGAUAAGAAUAGACAAAAAUUAUAUACAUAAUCUUUGACCUUGGGAUCUUUUAAAGUAAAUUUUAAGUACAGGACUGGAAAUCAUAGCCUAAAGGUAAGGAACAGUAGUAAGAUGCUCAAGAAGUAACAUAAUGUGUAUUACAAGGGUGACGAGCAUUGAAAGAAAACAAGUAUUAAAAACUGAAAAAGCCACUUACUUUGUAUAGUAUAUAUUUAUAGUACUCUGAACAUUAGUUUGAAAUUUCAUUAAUUUUGUUUUUUUAAGACAUUUUAAGCUGUUCAGCUAUAGUAACAUUUGUUUCUAAGAAAACUAAUCAAAUAGAAUUGCAUGGUCUAAUAAAGAAUUUAACUUUGAUUGUUAAGUAUAAAAGUAAAUGCAUACACACUACUUUCUCUUUCAAUUGUGUUUUAACUUAUUUUCAUAGCUUAAGCUCUGAUAUAACAAAUUCUAGGUCUUGUAAAAUUAACUUGUGUAUAGCAGUACCUAAGUAAUACUUGACUGUUUUUUUAGAUUGAAAUUUACUAACAGAUUAUUGUAAAAUUAACUAAGAGAGAACCCUAAACUUAACCCUAAAUGUUAAGAAAGUCCUCCUUCAGUGAGCACUUGGGUGUUAGCUUAUUUUAAUGAUCCUGCAUCUUUUUCUAAAGUUAUAAUGGUCAAAAAUGCUAGUAUAUAUGCUAAAAACUAGAUAUGGUAGUUUGAUUUGUACAGAAAUAUAUUAUUUUGACUCAAUGUGUGGUUAUAUUUUGAUGAAUUAGUUGUAAGGAUAAUAGAAAAAUACCACUUUUCUUUACAGUUGAUUUGUGAAAAUGAAGUAAAUAAAAAAAAUUGAUCAUUUUGCUUGAAUAAAAACUUGUAAUUCAUAUUAAUAUAAAUGUUAUUUUAAAUAUGGGGAAUUCCUCUGUCAUACAUUUGCACUUGUUUUCUAAACUAAAUUUUGUUUAAAGAUUGUUUUAAGCAUUAUUAGAGUAUUUUAUAAAUCAAGUGACUUGAAUUCAUAACUGGAAACUUGAAAUAUGAAAUACCAUGUGUUAAAUAUUCGUAUAGGGUUGUAUUAAUGAAAUUAGGAACAUUCCUUACAAAGCACCAAAUGAAAUGUUUCCAUUUUAUUUUACUCGUAUUCUGAUAUAUUUUUUAAUAUUACUUUUAAUAUUUUGUGUCAUUAUUUGAUUUUGUAGCAGAGCUACUGUAUUGUAGUUUGUGUAGUUAUAUUAUCUUUAUGUCAGAGGAUAUAUUUGAAAAAUAAAACCAGUGAGUAUAAUUAAAUCCUUUUUUGUUUUUUUGUACUGUUGUUUAAAAUAUUGCUCGUAUAUUAUGCUUUACUGUACAAAAAUAAUACAAUUAUGUAGAAUUUGAAGGGUAACAAACAACAGAUAUCUUUAUUUAUUUUCUUCCUAGCUUUUACUGCAGUACAUUUAGUAGUUACAUUAUGUUUUGGAAUGAAGAAGACCAUUUCAAAUUAUUAUUAAUAAGAUGUGCAAAAACUAAACUUAAUGACUGUAUGUAAGUAUUUUAGUUUCAUAAUCAUGACUAUAUGUUUCUUCUAAAUAAAAUGGCAGUGUAGUUGAUACA